CUUAUAUAGAUUUUGUUUACACCCCUCUGUCAUAAAAAGCAGUGAUAUUAUGUCCAUAACAAUGCUAUAUAUACCGAGUCUUGUUGAGCUCAACUACACAUCUAUUCUUAGCUCUCAUAAUUAAGAGAAAUGGAACAUGUUAAAGAUCCAUCAAUCUACAAAAAUCCUGUCAUAUUGCAGAGUGAGGACUUAACAAAUUAUAUAUUGGAUACUGCUGUUUACCCUAGAGAGCCUGAGCCUCUCAAAGAGCUGAGGAAAGCCAGUGAGAAUCAUCCUUGGGGUUUCAUAGCAACUGCACCUGAGGCUGGUCAACUAAUCACUCUACUUUUGAAGCUGUUGAAUCCCAAAAAGACAAUUGAAGUUGGAGUGUUUACUGGAUACUCUCUUCUCCUCACUGCACUCAACAUUCCCGACGAUGGAAAGAUUACAGCCAUAGAUAUUGACAGGAAAACAUAUGAAAUUGGACUACCUGUCAUAAGAAAGGCUGGAGUGGAGCACAAGAUUGAUUACAUAGAGUCUCCAGCUCUACCAAUUUUGGAUAAACUGCUAGAAGACCCUACAAAUGAAGGAACAUUUGACUUUGCUUUCAUUGAUGCUGACAAAGAGAACUAUUUGAACUACCAUGAAAGACUGAUAAAACUAGUCAAAGUUGGUGGAUUACUUAUAUAUGACAACAUUUUAUGGGGUGGACGUGUUGCAUGGCCUGAAGAGAAAGUUCCAAUGCAUUCUAGACCACAAAGAAUAGCAGCAAUUGAAUUCAACAAAAAAAUCACAGAUGAUUCUCGUGUUGAAUUUGCUCUCACUUCUGUUGGUGAUGGACUCAGUAUUUGUAGACGCAUUGCAUGAGUUUUGUCCUAAAGUUAUAUGAAUGUCAAUAAUCAAUUUUCAAUGUAUUGAAUGUACAAUUUUCCAUAAAAACAUACUAUUUAAAGUGCUUAAAGAAUGCUCUUAGGGCACUCGUUAACAUUUCCCUAUAUUUAUUAUUACAAUAAAGGUUGUCUACCUAUGAAUAAAGUUUCAUUUUGUGCUUCUUAUGAAAA